UAUUUAUCAACAGAACGCUGUCAAACGUUUGAAAACACUCUGUAAACUUUUGGUUAUAUCGGCGUUUUAUCGCGUUUCACUCCAAUUUUGCUCCCGUUUUUAUAUUGAAACAAAUUAGGUUUUAUUUAAGAAUAUGUCCGAGAAACGUAAACUUAAAGCACCACCGACAAAAACCUCGCCAGCUAAGAAGCCAAAACUGGAGGACAUUGGUUCCGAUGACGACGAAGAUAAUGCCAGGAGAAUCAAAUCGAAAGUGCCGGAUACAUCUCUGCCGAACCGCUCCAAAUUGUGCCCUUACCUGGACACUAUAAAUCGACAUCUGUUGGAUUUCGAUUUUGAGAAGCUGUGCUCGGUCUCACUAACCCGGAUCAACGUCUAUGCCUGUUUGGUAUGCGGAAAGUAUUUCCAGGGACGCGGAACGAAUACUCAUGCCUACACGCAUUCCGUGGCCGAGUCUCAUCAUGUUUUCCUGAACUUGUCCACAUUGAAGUUCUACUGCCUUCCGGACAACUACGAAAUCAUAGACUCCUCACUGGACGAUAUCAAGUACGUGUUGAAUCCCGUGUUUACCGCGAGGGACAUCCGGAAUCUAGACAAGGAGGACCAGAAGAUGUCAAGAACUGUGGAUGGGACGCUGUAUUCGCCGGGAAUCGUAGGAAUGAACAACAUCAAAGCGAACGAUUAUUGCAAUGUUAUCUUGCAGUCGUUAUCUCAUGUGAAACCAAUAAGAGACUUCUUUUUGAUUGAAAAGAAUUAUGCCAAUAUCAAGAGACCGCCAGGUGAUACGGCCUUUACCCUUGUCCAGCGAUUUGGAGAGUUACUGCGCAAAUUGUGGAAUCCUAGAAAUUUCAAGUCCCACGUUUCGCCACAUGAAAUGCUCCAGGCGGUUGUGUUGUGGAGUAGCAAGAAGUUUCAAAUUACGGAGCAAGGCGAUCCAAUCGAGUUCCUGUCCUGGUUCUUGCAUAUUUUGCACAAACAGCUGCGUGGUAAUAAGCAACCAAAUUCAUCCGUGGUAUAUCGAACGUUCCAGGGGGAGAUGAAGAUCUAUACCCGAAAGUUGCCUCCCACGGAACUGGAUGAUGUGCAGAAGCAAUUGCUGCUUGCAACAGACGAGUACCAGGAGAAGGUUGAAACAUCGACUUUCUUGUACUUGACUUGUGACCUCCCGGCGACGCCGUUAUUCAUCGAUGAAUUUAGGGAGAACAUAAUUCCCCAGGUCAAUCUGUACCAGCUGCUGGCAAAGUUCAAUUCGGUUUCCGAAAAGGAAUACAAAACAUACAAGGAAAAUUUUCUCAAACGUUUUGAAAUAACUAGAUUGCCCAAAUUUAUUAUCUUAUACAUCAAGCGAUUCACAAAGAAUACGUUUUUCCUAGAAAAGAAUCCAACCAUCGUUAAUUUUCCUGUGAAAAACAUCGAUUUCGGUGACAUAUUGACUGACGAGAACAAGAAGCUCCACAAGUACACCAAGUACAAUUUGGUGGCCAACAUCGUUCAUGACGGCGAGCCCAAUGCUGGGACCUAUCGGUGUCAUAUACUGCAAAAGAGUACCAACCAAUGGUAUGAGAUGCAGGAUCUGCAUGUGACCAACAUUCUGCCGCAAAUGAUCACCCUGACGGAAGCGUACAUUCAGAUCUACGAACAGCAAGAAGAGGAUGACGAUUUGAUUGAAGUUAAGUAAAACAUGUAGGUAGGUAAUUUUUUUUUCAACAGAUUAAAUCAUCUGUGUCAGUGUAAACUGACAGCCUGUUCAGACUAUGAGUUUUAUCAUUAGAUAAAGAGUAUCUUGAUAAAUUUAGUAUCAAAAACCACUUUAUCAAGUUGAGGAGCUCGUAAUCUGAAUUGUCUAUAACUUCGUGAAAUAAAUUGAUUUAUAAAAA